UUUUUUUGUGUCUGAUUUAUUGCAAUCAUUUAAUAAUAAUAAUAAUAAUAAUAUUGACAUCAAUUUCCUCUCUGUCUGUUUGUCUGACAACUAAAGAUAUAAACUAAACCAAAACCAAAUGGCCGACAACAGAGCCAAUGAUAACGACUCGAAGGGCAACGACUCGGAGGAAGAGAACGAGAUUCUUGAGGAGAGUCCAUGCGGUCGAUGGCUUAAGAGAAAGGAAGAGGUUGAACAACGAGAUAUACCCGGCAUUGAUGCUACCUAUCUGGCGAUGGACACCGAUGAAGGCGUCGAAGUGGUCUGGAAUGAGGUUCGCUUUUCCGAACGCAAGAUAUUCAAGACAAAAGAAGAAACCAUUAACGAAGUUUUCGACCGAUUGGUCCAAUUAGAGCACCCGAACAUUGUUAAGCUACACAAGUAUUGGGUAGAAAAAGACAUCGAAAAGCCAAGAGUUAUAUUCAUUACUGAAUAUAUGUCGUGUGGAUCACUUAAACAGUUUCUUCGCAAAACGAAAAAAAACUUAAUCCGAAUGGCUCUCAGUGCCUGGAAGCGGUGGUGCACUCAGACACUGUCAGCGCUAUGUUAUCUGCACAGUUCACAGCCACCCAUAAUCCACGCGAACUUAAACUGCGAUACAAUAUUCAUCAGUUAUAACGGUCUUAUUAAGAUUGGAGCCGUCGCUCCCGACGCCAUCCAUAAGCACGUAAAGACAGUACGCGGAGACUCGAAAGCUAAUCUGCAUUUUAUAGCACCGGAAAUCGGUAGUAUUACCGACUCAAACAAUUCGGUAAUCGGACCGCCAGUCGAUAUCUAUUCAUUCGGAAUGUGUGCCUUAGAAAUGGCGGCCCUCGAGAUUGCGACUAACGGUGAGACGGCGGCGCCGACGACGACGACUAACAGUCUCAUUACCGACGAUGUUAUCAACAAUACCAUCGAAAGUCUGGAAAAUCCGUUGCAAAAGGAUUUCAUAACACGAUGUCUACAUAAGAAUCCAAAAGAAAGACCGACAGCAAGAGAGUUGUUGUUUCAUCCAAUCAUUUUUGAAGUGCCAACUCUUCGUCUGUUCGCAGCCCAUGUAAUAGCGAAGAAUCCAUCGUAUCAGCCGGAACUCUAUACCGAGGAGGCUAUCAAUCGUGUUCUAUGUCUACAAAACAACGACAGGGUAUUGGCUGAGAUAUGCCAUCCGGAUGGCCGGCCAUCAGUUUCAAUGAAAAGUGAUUCAACAAAACUAGAGUUUGAAAAAUAUAUCGAAGAAGUCAGAAACGGAUCCUAUCCGUUGACAGCAAUCUUGACGACAACACGUCUUCCAUUGAUAUCUCGUCAGCGAACAAUGUCACCGGAGGUGUCCGGCGAGUCAUCCAAACAGCUUAACUCUCCAGACAAUCCAUUCGACGAAGAGACACGUCGUAUUCAAUCCAUUAAUUCAACUCUUGAGCCAAAUAAUAAUAGCCAAGAGCCAAGUGAUAUUAAACAACUUGUGAUAUCUCUUCAUAUAAUAUUUGAUGACAAAAUCAACAGAAAGUUGACAACAAAACUGGAUUCAUGUGAAUUGGAUCCGUCAUCGUUAGCUCAAGAAUUGAUAUUUUAUGGAUUCGUUAAUAAGGAUGAUGAAGAUAUAGUCUGUGAGUUAUUGUCUGAAACUCGAAAAUUGUUUACCGAUUCGGCAAACAGUCAGUCAGUCAGUUGUCAAAAAAUGCAAAAAUUGAGUCAACAAACCAGUAGUAGUGAAAAUAAAUAAUUAAAAAAAAAAUAAUGAUAAUAACUAAUUA